CGGCAGCUUCUUCGCACUCCCCGCGGGCGGCGGUGCCCCACGGUUCGAGGCCCUCUCUCUCAAGCACUACAACUCCAAAUCCAGAGGAGCAGCACGUGGAGGCCCGAGCCCUUCCUGUUCCCCGCCGCCGGCGCAAAGCAAAAAUUCUGGCGAGUUAGCGAGCUUCAGGGCUCGGGACUCUGCACCAGCAUCCGAGAUGCCGUCCUUCUCGUCCGGCGUUUCUCCGCAGAAGCAGCAGCAUAACGCGCGGAGGAAGCAGCUGAUUCGCCAGCAGAGGAAGUCGCUCCCUAUCGCGUCAGUGGAGAAAAGGCUUGUUGAGGAGGUGAGGAAGAAUGGCACGCUCAUUGUUGUCGGCGAGACCGGGAGUGGCAAAACGACCCAGUUGCCACAGUUUUUGUAUGACGCUGGGUUUUGUCAGGAUGGAAAAGUCAUUGCCAUCACCCAGCCUCGAAGAGUUGCAGCUGUUACAGUAGCAAAGCGUGUUGCUGAGGAAUGCAAUGAUCAGUUGGGCAGAAAAGUUGGAUACUCUAUUAGAUUUGAUGAUUCCACAUCUAAUGCAACAAGGAUUAAGUACAUGACUGAUGGUUUGCUUCUAAGGGAAGCACUUUUGGAUCCGCUAUUGUCUAAGUAUAGUGUUAUAGUUGUUGACGAGGCCCACGAGAGAACCGUCCAUACAGAUGUAUUGCUGGGUUUGUUGAAAAAAGUGCAGCAAUCCCGAUCUCUUUGUUCCAAUAACAAUGGGGAGACUUUGUCUGACAGACAAGACCCUCAAAGUUCUAGUCUGAAGGCAAGCCAGGGAAUAAAAUUUGCGCCUUUAAAGCUAAUUAUUAUGAGUGCCAGUUUGGACGCCAAGUGUUUUUCUGAUUAUUUUGGUGGCGCUAAAGCUGUACAUAUUCAAGGGCGGCAAUACCCUGUCGACACACUGUAUACUUAUCAGCCUGAGUCGGAUUAUCUAGAUGCUACACUAGUUACGAUAUUUCAGAUCCAUUUGGAGGAAGGACCUGGAGACAUUCUUGCAUUUUUAACAGGUCAAGAGGAGAUUGAAUCACUAGAGAGACUUAUUCAGGAGCGUGCUCGUCUACUUCCACCAGAUAGUAGUAGGAUAUGGAUUACACCUAUCUACUCAUCGCUUCCAUCAGAGCAGCAAAUGAAUGCUUUUAAGCCAGCACCAUCUGGAAACCGUAAGGUGGUUCUAGCAACAAAUAUUGCAGAGACUUCUGUAACAAUACCUGGUAUUAAAUAUGUUAUUGAUCCUGGCAUGGUCAAAGCGCGUGCCUACAAUCCUGUAACUGGAAUGGAAUCCCUAAUCAUCAUCCCAGUUUCUAAAGCACAGGCUCUUCAAAGGAGUGGUCGUGCUGGACGUGAGGGGCCAGGGAAGUGCUUCCGUUUGUUCCAAGAAUGUGAGUUUGAUAAACUGGCGGAAUCCACUGUUCCUGAGAUUAAACGAUGUAAUCUUGCGAAUGUUGUACUACAGCUCAAAGCUCUUGGAAUCGAUGAUAUCAUAGGUUUCGAUUUUAUGGAAAAACCAUCGAGGACGUCUAUUUUGAAAUCAUUGGAGCAAUUGAUUUUACUCGGAGCUUUGACUGAUGAUUAUAAGCUGUCAGAUCCAGUUGGUAAACAAAUGGCUAGGCUGCCUUUGGAUCCGAUGUACUCCAAGGCAUUGAUAGUGUCAAGCGAAUUCAAGUGCUUGGAAGAAAUGUUGAUUGUUGUUUCUAUGCUUUCAGUGGAAUCAAUUUUCUUCACCCCACGCGAGAAAUUAGAAGAGGCAAGAGCUGCUAGGAAGAGUUUUGAAAGCUCAGAAGGAGACCAUAUAACUUUGGUGAAUGUAUUUAGAGCCGCUGCAGAAUGCUUGGAGAAGAGCAAAAACGCAAAUGCAAAAGAAAAAACAAUGGAGAAGGCUUUGAACAGAUGGUGCUGGGAGAACUUCAUCAAUUACCGCUCUCUAAGACAUGCUCGUGAUGUUCACAGUCAAAUUCAGGGCCAUGUCCAACAGAUGGGGCUUAACCUGUCAUCAUGUGGAGAUGACAUGGUUCAGUUCCGGAGAUGCCUCACUGCUGCUUUCUUCCUCAACGCAGCGAUGCGGCAACCAGAUGGAUCAUUCAGGGCUAUUGCAACUGGCCAGAGCGUGCAGAUGCAUCCUUCAUCUGUGCUCUUCCGUACCAAGCCGGACUGUGUCAUCUUCAACGAGCUUGUCCGGACGACCCAGAAUUACGUGAAGAACCUGACGCGGAUAGACCCCUUGUGGCUGGCUGAACUCGCCCCACAAUACUACGCGACCGAAGACUAGUAGUAGUUCCUUCUUUUGAUCCAUAGUCGUAGUUCCCUGUAACAAUCCUGUAAUAACAUUAGGUCGUUAUAAGUGGACAUGGCAUGGCAUUGGCUGGCGUAGUUGCAAUCGUGACGAUAACACAUUAAUGUGAAAUGAUCUUGAUGCCAGGUCGCCGUGAGUUGGAAAAUAUACUGUACAUGAAUUUG